UAGAAAUACCGAGAGGGAGGUCACUUUUUUCCCAAAUUCCAUGGACAUGCGCGUUCGCACUGUAUAACUUGAUUCUAUUCAAUUUUUUCCAAACCUCACUCUUGGGUGCGCAGAGAGAUAAGCUUUCAAAAAACAGUUUCAUUGAGGUGCUCGGUCCUAUAACAUGUGGAAAAUCAUGAGGGAAAAUUUGGAGGAUUUGACUAGCCCCAACUUGUGGAGAUCUGCUGCUGCAGAACUUCUGGGAACCAUGUUCCUGGUCUUUUUCGGGUGUGCAACCGCUACGGGGCAGCAAAAGCAAUCUGACAAUCCAGCAGACUACGUGCAAAUAGCCCUUACUUUUGGGCUGAUCGUGGGUACGAUGGUCUGGGGCAUCGCCCAUGUUAGCGGAGGUCAUAUUAACCCCGCGGUAACCUUAGCAGCCCUUGUUACAAGGCGUGUGAGUAUUGUCCGGGCCCUGAUGUAUAUUGUGUCACAGCUCAUUGGAGCCAUUAUGGGAGCAGCAAUUCUAUUCGGAAUAACGCCCACCAACGCCCGUGGCGGGCUAGGCGUUAACGCAAUGAACGGGGAGGUUACAGAAGCCCAAGGUUUCGGGGUGGAGGUGAUGAUCACGUUUGUAUUAGUGUUUACUGUCCUAGCAUCAAUCGAUGAGAAGCGAACUGACCUCCAUGGAUCCGCGCCUCUGACUAUUGGUCUGUCAGUCGUCGUUGGACAUUUGGUAGCCAUCGCCUAUACCGGAUGUAGUAUGAACCCCGCCAGAAGUUUUGGACCCGCUGUCAUUCAAAACGCCUGGGACGCCCAUUGGGUAUUUUGGAUUGGCCCUUUUGUCGGCAGUUUUGUCGCAGCUCUUCUAUAUGAAUAUAUUUUUUCUGCUGGUGCCACAUUUGGAAGAACUAAGCGCUGCUUAACCAGAAGCAGAGCGCGACCGGAAGCGGAAAAGGCCGAUGAACUGGAAAAAGUAGAAAUCGGUGAAAUCGAGGAAAAGAAGGAGCCGGAAUCCGAGGAAGAUCAGGUGAAGACUCAAAACGGACAAUAAAUUGUGACUGUUAAGUCGAUCGCAGUUGUGAUUAACAGUAUUUCUUCCCAUUUGUAUACAUAUAGUUCAGUAACUGUAACAGUUAUUUAACUUUAAAAACCCUGUGGUAAUUCAACACCAAACUGCGACGGAAAACGUCGAUUACGCCUUUAUGUAUAAUCUGGCUAGUUCACACUAUCACUGAAUACUGUAAUUCCCAUCAAGAUUAGCAUAAUAAGUAUCUAUAACUACGCAAUUACAGUUUGCACAUUGCUAUUUGAAUGUAAUGCCAUAAUUGCAAUUUUUAUUAGCUUCUUAUCGAGAAACAAGCGCCAGCUGAAUAACCCGGCUGAUAAGAUGUUUCCUGGCCAUCAUUAAAGUCUAGAGAUAUUUGGAGGUAUCAAUUUAACCACACAACAAGCAUUUGAUUGAAUACUUUCUAAAAAUAUAUAGCCCCUUUUUACUGUUUUUAUAUUCAAAUUACACUGACAGUUUAUGUAUGUUGUAAGCAAUUGUGCAACAAGUUUUGACGUGUCCCUAGUGACAUUUGUAAAUGAUGAGUGAGAUUGUAAAACAUGGAUGCACUUUAUGUUUUAGAUAAAUACAUAUGACAUCGUAACUCAAACAUUUAUUCGAAGUCGAUUUUAUAAAUCAUAUUCACGCAUGCGUUUAUCUUUAUGUUAAUGAAAUAAAUCAUUUGUAACACUUAAACAGAAAUACCGAAUGGUCGACGGGUGAUUUACUGACAUUUUCACGCCACAUCAAGAGUGAGAGAGCGUUAAGUAGCUUGAAAUAGCAUGUAUAAAAUACCAUUUUAUUAAAUCAUUUGACAUUAAUUGUAAACUGUUUAUCAACCACUGCAAUGUGUACAAUGUAUCAUUGAAUUGGGCUAAGAGAUGUGCACCAAUUUAGCUAGUAAAUGUUGUAGCAACAUAUUUCUCUAGCUUUAGUUCUUUAUAUUUGUGACCUUAUUUAUACGUACUUAUAUUUUAAUUUGUAGUAUAUUGAUAUCUUACCACUAUAUAUAGCAAUAUUGUAAAUAUAUUUACAGGAUAUUAAAUAAAUUAUGAAUAAUAUCGGA